AUGUCUGCUCCACAUCCGGCUUCCGUCCCAGCGCAUGCUCAACCCAAUGCAGCUGUCACAACACCAGUUGGAUUGCCGGGUGGUCGUCCACAAACCAUGGACGCUCACCUUGAGGUGGCGAGAUUAGCGCGGGCAUGGCUGGAUCAAGGCAGCCGCAAGUCUGAGGGUCAGAGACCAAAAAAACGGCUUCGGACCAAAAUUGAAUCCGAUCCGUACUUAGUCCGUGACCAUUUUGAGGAAGAUCCAUAUCUCACGAUGUUGAAGGAGGCAGAAGCCGAAGAUGGCUUUGUGUCACCACGGGAGGAAAACAGCAUGCCUCCUCCAAGCAGCGCUGUGGCUCAUAAGCGCCAGGCCAAGGUCCAACCCAGUCCACCAGUCCUUGAUGCGGAUGAGGUUGGAAUGGAAUCAGCAUCAAGGUCGCAGUCUUCCGCAUCGGAUUCGGAUUCUGACACGGAAGGUGAAGAGUCUGAAGAGCCUGAUGACGAUGUCAUCGAGGAUCCGGACGACAUGCCAGCUUCCUCAGCUUCCAGCACGGCAGGCUCACAGGUGCAACCAGUUGCGGAGCACAAGCUGCAACUCUACAAGUUGGGAGCCAAGUGUUGCGACGUGGCUGCGCAUUUCGUGGGUGGCAGCAAGACCUCUCUCCCGGAGAGUCGGAGGCUGGACAUUGAUCAGCGAGUGCGCCUGGAACAUUGCCGCAAGCACCUGCAAUGGGCUGAUGACCUCACCACAGUUUGGCACUUCGCAUUGUCAGAGUUGCGUGAGAAGGAUGCCUGGGCUGCACUCCGAAAUUACUUCAUUUCUCGGAAGCGAGUGGGGCUUGCAGAGUUGCAAAGCAGCGUGGUGUACAUCGUUCCUCCAGAUCAAGCAUUCUUGUCCGAGCUUGGUCUUCCGGCAGCCGCGGAGAGCCUAGCUGGAAGCUUGCUGGGCCUUCAGGUGCCUUUGUACCAGCCCGAAGACACUAGUGAGACUGGAGGCGCGCAGCCGGAUGAGGUUGUGGGAGCUUCAGAGCCUUCUUCCAGCGAUCCAGCGAUGCAGCCAGCAGUGCAUGCAGAGUCCCUGUCGACCGAGCCACCGGGCCACCUUUCGGAAUCCCUCGCGGAGGCCGCGGAGGUUGCGGAGGUUGCGGAGGUUGCGGAGAGAACAGAAAUCUCACAGGUUGGUGGAAAUGCCGAACAGGGCAGCGGUGCGCUGGAUAGCCCAACAGCCAGCACAGCCGAGAAGCAGCCAGAGGAGGCAAUAACAUCCAGCCUGCAAGAUGAGGUUCACAUGGAUCCUGUCGAUGGCAUUGACAAGAGAUGUACCCAGCAGCUUGACAAGGACAUGUCAGGAAUUGAUGUUGGCAAGGGCGGCCAGGAGACUGAAGACGCGGUCGAAAAAGAUACAGCGGAUGGCGAAGAAUCCCAGUGCCCUGACAGUGAGCAGCAGGCUGUCGAGUCGAACGUAGAUUCCAUGCCACCUGAAGAGGACGCUGCGCGCGCUUGA